AUGGAAAAGUCAAAUACAAUACUUGACUUUUUCAAGCGAAAAAAUGUACAAAGUUCAAAUGCACAAACUUCGAAUGCACAAACUUCAAAUGUCAACAUUGGUGAUACAUCAUCGCCAACUUCUGAUAUCCCAAUUUCUGAAAAUUCUUCUAAAAGACUUCGGAGAGUUGAUGGCAAUGAAUUUGAUAUUAGUUCAUUGGAGUUUGAUUCUGGAUUGCAUCGAAAAGAUCCUACUUCAUUUCAUAGAGUUGCUGAGAAGUCAUAUGAAGAUUUAAAGAACCAAUCUCAACAUAUACAAAAUGUGUUUGAAAAGCUCACUUCUGAACAAAUUGCAAACAAUCGACUACAGUUGAAAGCCUCAAUUGAUGUUGUUCGAGUGCUUGCAUUUCAAGGUGUUGCUUUUAGAGGUCGGGAUGAAAGUGUGAGUUCUACAAAUCGUGAAAAUUUUCUUGAGAUAUUGGGUUUGACGAUUUCAUAUAAUGAACAGCUUGCUGAAGUGAUCGCUAAAGCUCCCAAAAAUGCCACUUACACAUCACCAACGAUACAAAAACAAAUUUUACCUGUUUUUUCAACCAAAGUAAAGGAAAUAAUUGGUGAUGAAGCUCGUGAUGAGUCAAUGAAAGAGCAAAUGGCUAUAAUUUUAAGAUUUGUUGAUAAGAAUGGCUUUGUGCGAGAACGUUUUUUUGGACUUGUUCAUGUUUCUGAUACUGCGGCAUUAACCUUAAAAAAAUGUAUAUAUUCUGUAUUGUCUAAACAUCAACUAGACAUUCAAAAUAUUCGAGGGAAGAAAUAUGAUGACGCAAGUAAUAUGCGAGGGGGGUGGAAUGGGUUGCAAGCUUUGGUUUCAAAUGAUUGUCCAUAUGCCUACUACAUUCAUUGUUUCGCACAUCAUUUGCAAUUGGCAUUAGUGGCGGCAUCAAAAGAAGUCAUUUCUAUUAAUCAAUUUUUUACCAAAUUGAAUGUUGUCAAUUUUGUUUGUGUCUCAUGCAAUCGGUAUGAAGAAUUGCGGAUUGCCUAA